AUGGAUCUGGAGUCAGGAUACCACCCGGUGAAAGUGCGGAAGGAGGAUAUCCCCAAAACUGCAUUCCGUACCAGAUAUGGUCACUAUGAGUUCGUUGUGAUGCCGUUCGGUCUGACGAAUGCCCCAGCCGUGUUUAUGGACUUGAUGAACCGAGUUUUCCACCCGUACCUAGAUACAUUCGUCUUAGUAUUUAUAGAUGAUAUCUUAGUCUACUCGAAAGACGAGAAGGAGCACGCGGAACACCUACGGAUCGCGCUGGAGACGUUGAGGAAGGAGAAGUUGUACGCCCAAAUUCAGCAACAGAAGGAAUCCGAGUGGACCCUUGCCAAGGUUGAGGCGGUGCACGCGGUGGAAGUCGCCAUCAACGCCGAACGAGAUUCGGAGUUUCCUGGACUUGGCGAGGAUGCUACCGAAGAGUUUGAAGUACUUCUUGACGAAGGACUGAACAUCGGCAAUGAUAGGUAUUUGGUGAAGGACUUCGAUUGUGUUAUCAACUACCGCCCUGGCAAAGCGAAGCGUGGUAGCCAGAUGCUUUGGGCCGAAGUAGAGACCAUUAAGCAACUCGUCUUUCACGACGUGAGAGGAAGCCUGAUGCGAGAGUUGAGUAAGGCAACGGAUAGAAGUAGUUGUUUCUGCGGCAGAAGUGAAGGGUCGAAUCGCCGCGUUAGUAGUAGAACCUGA